AUGCUCGCCAGAAGAGCAACUUCAAUUCUACGAAAUUUCGCUCGUAUGUUCGUAUUUUUGAUGCUUCUGAAUAACUAUUUUCCAAUUUUCAGACAGCCAGUUUGUAAGAUGAGCGAAUCAACGUUGAUCAAUGCAAAGGAUGAUGUUAAUAAGCGGAUAAUUUGGAUUGACUGCGAAAUGACGGGUAUCGGCGAUGCACAGAAGCAGGUUCCUUCAAGAAACACUCGUCAAAUAUAUAAUGUUUCUAGACUUUGGUCGAGAUCGCGACGAUCGUAACGGACAGCGAGUUGAACACGAUCGCUGUAGGACCAGAUAUCGUGAUAAAUCAGCCGAAGGAGGUUUUGGACAACAUGGAGGAAUGGCCGAGAAACACGUUCCUUCAAAAUGGCCUCAUGCAAAAGAUUUUGGACAGCAAAAUCUCGUUGAAACAGGCUGAAGAUCAAGUUAUCGAGUUUCUUCGACACCAUGCUGUUGAAGGUUUUUUUUUCAACUUAGUUUGUAGUCAUCCUGUUCCGAUCAAUAAAAACUAAGUUUCGAAAAAGCUGGAAUUCUUCCAGGAUCUUAUUUUUUUUUUUGAUUCUUUUCAUGGAAAGGAGUCAGAAUUGGGUGUUGAGAAACAGGUCAAUGAAAAGUUUAGCGCUUUUUUCAAUUCAAAAGAUUUCCACAAAAUUUCAUAAGAAAAACUUUCGUACCCACUACGAUUCGAGGACAUAUGGGGACAGAAAAGUCAGCCAAAUUAGCCAAAUUUAUAGCUGAAAGAAGCGUAAAUAGUAACGGAUACGCUUGACGGAUAAUUAGAAAAAAGUGACAUUUAAAUAAUUCUUUUUCCGAUUUUUUAAAAAGCGCGUAGAAAAGUUUCACGAAGACUUUAGUAACUAAAGAAAAAUUUUUGAACCAAAAAAAAAAAAAAACCAAAAAACGGGUCUCAAAACGAAGGUGUAAUUUUUGGCAAGUAAAAAAGCGAUCUCUCAUCUCUGAAGCACUUAAAGAGACUUUUCAAAAUGCGAUGUCGUUGUGAAAAAUGCGAAAACGCGCCGAGUAAUGUGCGAGAUCGCGCCUAGAAAAAUGCGAGAUCGCGUCAAGGAAAAAGCAAGAUCGCGCAAAAAAAAAAACGCGAAUUCGCGUCUAGGAAAAAGCGAUAUCGUGUCGAGUAAUUUGCGUUAUCGCAUCAAUGAAAAUGUGAGAUCGCGUCAAAGAGAAUACGAGAACGCGCCUAGAAAAAACGCGAUAUGGCGCCAAAGAGAAUACGAGUCUGACGCGGCUACGAGGCAGCACUUUCGCGAUAUCGUGAAUGUGCCGCCAGCGAUACUGCUUUUCCAUUGCCCUUUUUUCUCAAGAACAAUGUCACAUUUUAAGGAAAAGCGCCAAUCGCCGGCAACUCGAUCCACAUGGACCGGCUAUUCCUUCACAUCCACAUGCCCCGACUCAAUAAUUACGCUCAUUACCGCUGCAUCGACGUGAGCAGCGUGAAGGGGAUCGUCCAGCGUUGGUAUCCGGACUCGAAGGAAUUCGAGAAGAAAAAGUCCCAUCGAGCCCUUGACGACAUCUUGGAGUCGAUCGACGAGUUGAAGUACCUGAGGACCAAUUUCUUCAAAUAA